AUGGAUGCGUUUAAUAAAUUGAAUUUGGGAAGCUAUUUACCCACAAUGCCGUACAAAGUAAGAGAAAUGGUCGACAAAGUAACUAAUAUUGUUAUGAACUACACUGAAGCUGAAGCAAAAAUUGUCGAAGCCACAAAUGACGAAUCAUGGGGACCACCGGGAAAAUUAUUACAAGAAAUAUCUCAACUGUCUUAUUCCUAUGAACAUUAUAGUGAAGUGAUGGGAAUGUUAUGGAAAAGAAUGUUUCAAUCGGAAAAAAAAUUCUGGAGAAGAACAUACAAAUCAUUACUUGUGCUGUUAUAUUUAUUGAAAAAUGGUGGUGAAAAAGUGGUAACAUCAACUCGUGAACAUUUGUACGAUCUUAAAUCAUUGGAAUCUUUCUCAUAUUCGGAUGACCACGGCAAAGAUCAAGGAAUCAAUGUUCGUCAUAAAGUAAAAGAAAUUAUCGAAUUUGUCCAAGAUGAUGAUCGCUUACGAGAUGAACGAAAAAAAGCAAAAACAAAUCGAGAUAAAUAUGUGGGAAUGAGUGGAGAAUCACAAUCACAUCGCUACGGUGAUCGAUACAAUGACUAUGAUUAUUCAGAUGAGAGUCCAAAAACUAAUGGUAGUAAACGUAACAAAGACUUUGCAGAAUUAGAUGGCCCAUGGCGUUCAACAAAUCCUGGAAUUAUCGAAGAUUGUGUACAUAAAGUUGAAGACGUAGCACAAAAAGUUAAAGAAUUAGUUUUAGAACAGCGCCGAACAUCAUACGAUGAUGGACCCGAUUUCAGUGAUGAUGACGAUCGUCCAUCUAACCGUCGACAAACGGAAUUUACCGAUUCUGCGAGCACAUACCGAAAAGAUAAUAUAGAUAAUUAUAGAGACAGAAAAUCAAAGGAUAUUGAUUAUGAAUUCAAUGAAAAUCAGCAGGAGAAAGCAACAGCAAAAUCGAAACAAUCAACCUCAAAAAAUGAAGUCAAACAGUCUGUCAAAACUAGUGUAUCCCCCGUUCAACUACCAAAACCUGUUGUCCAACCUGUCACGCCUCAAAUUGAUUUAUUAACAUCCGAUGAUUUUACUCCGUUUCAUGAAGCUCCCAUCACUCAACAAAUAGACGAUGAUUUUGGACAUUUUCAUGAAGCAACAACGCAAUCUGUACAACAGCCACCGCUAUUUGUCAAUAAUUUGAAUCCAACAACACCUAAAACCACUCAGCCGGCUUCUAAUCAGUUACUUUUUGAUCCAUUUGAACCGUUUUUAUCUUCUCCAUCGUCCACAAACAACGUCUCGCCUGCUUCCAUUGUACAACCUUUACAACCAUCUUCCACUACUUCACCAAUACAAAAUUUUGAUUUUUUCACAUCGUUGCCAUUGUCUCAACCGCAACAAGCACAAGUUCCACAAUUAUUCAAUCAAACACAAACACCACAAUUUAAUGCUUUUCAACCGUCAACUCAAUCUCCAAUGAUGUCGACCAAUUCAAAUCAGUUCAUUCAAAGACCACAAGGAGGAAUAAUAACAUCUAACAACAGUUUCGACGCUGCGUUCAAAAAUAAUUCUUCACUUCCGGUUCAGCAACAAGAACUUUCAGGGAAACAGAAUACAUGGAGUGAUUUGAAUGAUAAAUUAGACAUCAGUUUAAACACACUUUCACCAUACAGUCGUGGACAAAAACAACAACAAUCACUUCCAAUAAAUCAAUUAGCUAACAAUGGUUUUCAGAGUCCAACGAAAAGUGGAUUUCCAUCGAUGAAUGCUCAGUUAUCUCAGCGUCCAAAUACCAAUACAAAUCAAAAUAUGGGUGGUAUUCGUCCACCGUUAUUGAAGUAG